UAAUUAAAAUACAAUUUGACACACACAGUAUAAUAUAUGAAUAAAUAAUAAUUGCAGUUUGUAUAUAGUUACCACAUACGAACCCCUUAUAAUUCGGCACUGAGAUGAACGAACACAGGGAACUGUCGCUGAUGAAUUCGUUGUCAUUCCACUGGAUCAUUUUGUGAGAAGCAUUUAUUCGAAGUUAAGUCUCUCUCAGUUAUUAAGAAAGGAUCCACAAAGGAUUAAUAUAUCGAUUUAAAUAUAUUUUUAUUUUUAUACAAUUUAAUAUAUCAAACCAGAGUAAAACGCACAACAGAGAAAAAUUUUGGAGAAAUAUGUCGCUUGGAAUAAUUUUCGUUUUAACUUCGAUCCUGUCUUUCGUUUCGGCAAAUAUGGUAAAUCUUACCAAUAGCAAUUUAAAGAAAGAAGAUUUCUUCUUGAAGAUUCAAUCAACGAUAUCUCUAAGCGAGGUGACGGAUCUGAUAUUACGUCAAAACCAAUUCGACAGUUUUUUAGAUUGCUCAACGAAUUUGAGUUCAUUGAAAACGUUGGAUCUAUCACAGAAUCAUCUACAACGUUUUUUCUUUCUCUGCAAAGACGAAUACAAUCUUCAGGUGUUAAAUGUCAGUCAUAACAAAUUGGAAUAUAUCGAUGACAAUGCGCUUAAUAAUAGAAUACCAAAAUUAAAAAUAUUGGAUUUAUCAUCUAACAAACUUUCUGUCGUCAAUGAGACUAUGUUGGAACAUUUGAAGAUUUUAGAAUUUCUUUCGCUAGCUAACAACCCAAUUGCCGAUGGAAUACACGAGAAUGCAUUUUGGCCUUUGACCAAAUUGAAACAUCUCGAUUUAAGAAACAUCUCGUGUACUUUCUUCUCUGCAGAACUAUUUAAAAGUUUAAAUAAUCUUUCAACUUUGGAUUUAUCUUGGAACCCGAUAAGUACGGUCCCUUUGUUACCGAUAAAUCUAGAAAAAUUGGAUAUAUCAGGAACGCAGAUAUUUCAAUUGGCUGGUUUCUAUUUACCACGAUUAAGAGAAUUUCAAAUGAAUAAUAUGCCAAAUUUAACGAAAGUUGCGUUAAAUGAUUUAGAAAAUUUAACGAGUUUGGAGAUAUUAUCGUUGAUCGGUUGUAGAAAUUUAGUACAACUCACGGUUUGGCCGCACCGCGGCGCUUUAUUACCAAGAUUGCAACGUUUAUUUAUCGACAAUUGUGCUUUGGAAACAUUGGAAUCCGAUCUUCGUUUAAUUUUACAAAGAACAGCGGUCGUAAGUCUUCGGGAUAAUCCUUGGAAAUGUGAUUGCAGAAUGCAAUGGGUUAAUAUUAAUAAUUCUUCGAAAGAAUUGAACACGGAGAUAAGGUGUUCAAUGCCGGAUAAACAUCGUAGUAAACUUCUCAAAGAAAUUCCAAUAUACGAGUUAGAGUGCGACUCGAUUUCAUCGAUUUUUUAUCCGAUUUUAUGGACUUGCAUAACGUUACUGAUCCUUUUAAUUUUUCUUCUAAGUGUUUUCUUCAUCGUUAAGAGACAAGGUGGACAAUGGACUGUUCGAAGACGAAAUCAGGAUACCGUUACUUACACGAACGUUGUAGAAUCCUCGAAUGAUCUGAUAAGAAUAUUAACUGUUAGCGAUAAUCACGAACGUAAUGAUGAAUGAACAAUUGAAGAAAGAAAGGAAAGAAAGAAAUACAGCAACAACAACAACAAAAUUAAAUAUCGA